AUGAGACUACAGGUUGGGUACAUCCCACGCCUGUACGCGCCUCUCCGAACACUGACCCGCCAAUCAUUCGGACCGUCACCCGCCCUGACCACUGUCCGCGCCGCCACCGCGACGACAAAGUCGAACAGCAGGUCGAGCACAUCAUCGGGAUCCCAGUCGAAGGCGAUGGGGGCACCAGCGCCAGAAGCACCACCAGGAGCCGCCAAUGGCUCGGCGGCGGCAGCGAGUGCUGCAGGAGGACGGCGGGAGACCCAGAACCAAAAGGUCGAGGACGGUAGCCACCGAGGGCACCACCCCACGGAAAGCACGUCACCGGCCCCUGAAAACGCGACAUCCAACGCCCCCGCGGCGGACAGCAGCAACGCCGAUUCUAGCCAGCGCCAGCCUGACGCGCAGGGCUCUGCCGAGUCUGCUCAGCAGAAGCAGGCCCCAGCUCUGCCGCCGCUUCCCGCGCCCUCGUCUGACGGCAACUCCGCUGGAGGCAACGGCACCAUCACCCUCGACAUGAGCGGCGGCGAGGGUGCCUCGACCAAGCUCGACCACCUGGGGCCCCUGGUGGUCAACCAGGACGGCACCAUGUCGCGGAUCGGCAACUGGGGCGAGAUGACGGAGAUUGAGCGUCGCAACACGCUGAGAAUCCUCGGCAAGAGGAACCAGAUCCGUCUCGCGGGUCUCAGGGGGAGGGCAAUGGUACUGGGGACGGGGCCGACCGAGGCUGAGAGCUCGAAGAGGAAAAGCAAAGAGGAAAAAAAAAGGCGCGGAUCGAGACUCAAUCGGAAAGGAGGUGAAGUCAAGAAAUAUUUUCUCAUUGAUAUGCGAGAAAGUGGACGCCCCCGGAGGAGUCCCAAGGCCGGGAUGAGAGUGGUAGGGCCGAGUAAUACUGCUGUGUAUAGUAACAGAUUGAACCCGAGGAAAUGA